AUGUCAAAGCGGGUCCGAAGCAGAGAGGUCUGCGCUGAUUGCAGCGCUCCGGGUAUGAUGUCAAAUAGGCUAGCUUUAGCUGCCCAGCUAACAGCUAACCCUUACUACAAUUAACGUCCAGUUAGCUAGCAAACCUAGUAAACGGUAACAAACUAGCUGUUAUUUUGGUGUCUGGUGGUCGUGGUCCCACAUAAUUAUCUUGAGGAAAACGUUGCUUUAUCGUAUCCGGGGUUUUGUUGUAUGUUAUUGGAAUUAAUAUGUCUAAAUUGUGAAAGUCUGUGCUUUGACUGUCGUGUCAAACACUAACAAUUGGUAAGUUACAGAAAAACAAAAAUGCUAACUCGUCGGGACUGCCUCUGCUAACGUUGCUGAUAACAUACAUGAAAUGUCACAAAGCAGACCCACGCCUUAUUGCGUUUAGGGGUUAUGAUUUUAGAUGCAAAGAAGACAUUACUAAUGCAGAAGGCACAACUAACCCUGUGGUAUUUCAGCUUGUUAUCUUAGUCGAGCCGUAAAUGCUUGAAUCUUAGUUUGUGUUUAAGUUAUUAUCACCGUCAACUCAUUAAAAGACUGCUAUGUUGCCUUUUUCGUCCCUCCCCAGAACCAAGGUGGGCCUCUGUCAACAGGGGUGUUUUGAUCUGUGAUGAGUGCUGCAGCAUCCAUCGAGGUCUGGGGCGACACAGCUCUCAAGUCAGACAUCUAACUCACUCUGCAUGGCCAUCCUCUCAGCUUCAGGUAAGGGGAAGGGGACACAACAAACAUAACAUAAACCAUAAACAUCUAGGUCCAGUCUACACCUACCUGUCAUGACAUUAUGCACACCUGGGUGAGGUAAUGUUGUCCAAUACAACACCUCUUCCACAUACUCAACAGUUAAGAAGCCUCUGCUUGUGUAGGUUUUGAUGAAAUGGUCAAACUCUUCCAUGAAUAAGUUGUAGCAUGUUAUAUUGAAAGGUUUGUCUCGUGUUUUUUCCGAUUCAUUAGCAAACAGUAGAGGAAUCAGAAGAUUAGGAUCACCCAGUGCACCACCGACACCCAUUACGGGGUCGUCAUUUAAUUUAAGGAACAAUUAUCACCAGACAUCAGAAAAUUGUAAUGUAAAUGCUUCAGAAAAGAACAUUUUAUGGUGGAAUUGAUGUAUUGAAUUGCAUUAGAUUCCCUAUGACUCUCUGGACUGUUUCAAACAACUCUUAAAGACUCACUUCUACUCUCUUGUCUUCUCAUAACCUCAUUUCUCAUCUGAAUUAAGUUCUAACCCAUUCUGCUAUCCUGUCCUUUGUGUGAAGUAUAUAUGUACAUUUUUACGUUAUCGAGUGUGUUUUUUAAAUGUUCUGAUUUUUAUCAAAGUCUGUUCCGUAUUUUCUUGCUGUAAAGCACUUCGGCUCAAAUUUUGUUUUUUUAAGUGCUCUAUAAAUAAAGUUGUCUUGACUUGACUUGACAUAGACUCCACCAGACCCUUGAUGAUGUGUGGUGUUAGGGUUAGUGCAGUACAUCCAUAGACUGUACAUAGAAUGGACAGCGUCCACCUCCUUGCUAGGUGAAGCCACUCUGAGAACAGCACCUUCUGUUGAUGGGCUGCAGUAUAGGUCAUAAAUCCCGCCUGCGCCAGCAAAGCUCAUGGAGCUGUGGACAAAUUUUCUCACCCCUGCUUGCGGUUUUGACAUGUAGUUACUGUUAGACUGGCUUGUGCUCAAGUUGUCUUUUUUUCUGUGAAGCUCAGUUUUUAAAAGUUAUUAGGGGGUUCAUGUUUUCUAUGAUUGACACCUGAUACAGACAAUUGACGUUCAGGGAUUGCGUUUGAGCCGAGCAUCAUCACAGCAACUCUCCCGUUGAGUGCGUACAAUGCUACUGCACAAUGCUGGUUUCAGGAAAUGAAGAAAAAUCGCGGAAAUACCGAGAGCUUUUUGGCUUCAAAUCCUUAUACAGGGGGUAGGUGGAACCAAGUUGGUCAUAGUAUAUACAGUCUAUGAGUACAUCCUUUAUGUCCUGAGAGGUGUGAGAUGGCACAUCUUUAAAUCAGACUUAGUUGUUCAGCGCAUCCCACAGGUGCUGGAUUGAGAUCUGGAGAAUUUGGAGACCAGUUGCAGACUGUUGUGCCCCUCUAGACCACCUUCUCUCCCUUUUCCAUGGCCCAGUUCUGAUGCUUACAUACCCAUUGUCAGAGCUUUUGCUGUUGGUAAUAAUGCUAUGGACAUGAUAAAGCGUGGUUUUAUGUUUCAGAUGGUCCAGACGCUGUAUGGCAAUGGAGCUAAUUCUAUAUGGGAGCACAGCCUUCUGGAUCCUUCCUCCUCAGCUACUGGGAAGCGCAAAGCCAACCCUCAGGACAGAGUUCAGUAAGUGCUCUUAAGGAUUUUCAUGUGUCACUGCUAAUCUCAGUAUGCUUGUUUGCACUUUGUUAUGAAGCUCUAUUGGCCAAAUUGAUUUUCAUAGUUAAGGUCAGUGAACAUGCAUGAUUAAGCCUCUGAACCAUGGACAUGACUCACAGCAUGGUGGUCUCAAGAAACCUUUAGAAAGUAUGUGGUUUGAUCUUGUAGAUUUGGGGAUUAAAUAUCCAACAAAUUAAUUAAAUUCUGCAUUACACCAACUAAGUGAGCCAAACUGCAUCCCUUUAAAAAGUUCAUCAGCUGAAUGACUGUGAAAGAGCGUCAAGUUUGAAUGGUUUCUUCUAUUUUCAUCUAAUUGUACAAGCUUAUUUUACAAGCAGUGUGUAUUUUAACUUGAACAAAAGCAUUAUAAUAAUAAUAAUAAGACCUGUGAUGGAGUCAUCCGCAUCCAGUGCCAGGUAUAAACACCGUGUCGGCCUUAUGUCUGGUGGAGUAAUGACAGCAGGCCACAUAUAAACCCAGCUAUGCUUACACUUAGAGUAAAUAUAUUAACCACCAGACAAACAAUAGAAACAGAACCAAAAAGGGAUCAGCUGUCAGCAAUCCAAGAGUCUCCUUAUUAGGUGUUUUCACCUGUGUGUUCCUGGAAGAACCAGGGCUAAAUUUAGUUCCUGCCAUAUGGUUCCAGGUAUGAUACUAAAGGUCCUUCUUUGGGUGGAGGGGGUACUUGCGGGAGAGGGUUUUCAUGCUGUACUACUUUUAACUUGCAGCUGCGUCAACUUCCUCCACUCACAAAACAAGGAAACGUGCAUGUAUUGACAUAAAGCCGUGGGGACAAAGUUAGUCUUUGUUGUAGAGUCCCCUCUAAAAUAGACACGUUUAUGCUCUGUCUGUAAGAAGAUCAUCAGGUAUAAAGUUCUAAUUGGAAUGACAUGUCUGAUAUUCACAGAUAAUAUAUCUGUUUUCAAUAUUCCUAAACCAGGGUAUCACUAGCUGGGCUGUAUUGAAUGAUGCAGGUCUUAAACCAACAUGAAUGGUUAUGUUGUGUUCACGUGGGGGUCUAGAUUGUCGGUUUUGCUUGGCUUAUUUGCUAACAUGGUUUGUUGUUUCCAGCCCAAACAAGACAGAGUUCAUCAAGGCCAAAUACCAAAUGUUGGCGUAUGUCCAUCGGAUGCCUUGUCGGGAAGAUGACAGUGUGACCGCGAAAGACCUCAGCAAGGUGAGAAAUUUACUGGUUUGAGCUUCUUAGAGGUAAAUCAAAGACAGAUUCUUGCCUUCUAAUCCCAUUUAGUUGCUCUGAUUUUCAUUGCCAAAGCACAGCCAAGUGUUUUUUUCUUAUUUAACUAACAUAUCUGCACUUCCUAUACACUUCAGAAGUGGCUUGACCUAUUAAUAUACUGAAAAUUUGUAUUCAGCACUGCUGCAACAUACUGCCAGUCAUGUUUCCUGUGCUGUUCAUGCUGUGGUUUUGAAUAUGAAAUAGCAUUAGGUGUCCCAGCUGGCCUCAGCGCUGUCUGUCGCUGCAUGUGUUUAUGCUCUUUUUUUAGUUUUGCUUGAACUCUGUAUUAUUUCCUAUCAGAAAAUUACAUGUUUGAUUUUAUGCACAAUAGCAGAGGGCGUUUCAAUUAUCGUGCAUGUCUGACAAACAGCAAAAUCUGCAUGAUUGAGACUGAGAAAUGUACAUGAAGAGCAAUGUACAAAAGGCAUACAAAUAAUUAUUUUUCCUCUGCUUGCAGUAAUCAAAUAUUCCAACUGGCUAAUGCACCAUGUCACCGAGAUCUGGGCAGAUAUUCAGUGAAGCCCACACAGAGUGUACGCUCUUCACAAUCAAAUAAAAUGAAUUACACGUUGAUUUCCUUUCAGCAACUUCACUCCAGCGUUCGGACUGGAAACCUGGAGACCUGCCUCAGACUUUUAUCUUUGGGAGCACAGGCCAACUUCUUCCACCCAGUAAGUACAGUGAGAUAGGAAAGAAAAUAUAUUACGCUGGUGUUUGAGUUUGUGUUAUGCUAAUGCUUAAUUAUUGUGAGUGUUUUUUUUUGUUUGCAACAAUAGGAGAAAGGAAACACCCCACUACACAUAGCAGCAAAAGCAGGACAAAUGUUACAAGCAGAACUGUUGGCGGUUUAUGGAGCUGAUCCUGGGGCUUUAGACUCCAGCGGGAAGACCCCCAUUGAUUAUGCAAGGUAAUACAAGAACACAUCGUCUAAAAUAAACACUGAUUUUCUUUGGUUCUUAUCACACCUCAUCUCAUUAAAGUGACACCUUCUACCACCUCUGUCAACCAUGAUUUCUGAUCAGCAUAAUGAUAUGAUUUCAAACUCUUGGCUGUAUAAAAACCAAACUCGACAUACAGCAUUUUUUCCUGUCGUCAUAGUUCAGUUAACUAACCCACAGCACAGCUGCAAGCACCAAACACCCUUGCCUCCUCUCGACAGUGCUACAGGAAAUUAUUCACAUCCUUUUGGUGAUUUAGCUUGUUCUCAGGAACUAACUCUGAUGUGCAUUAGCUGUGUUAUUUAUAUCAGGAAACAGUUGUUGUUUUAACCAGAAAAUGUGAAUCUAGACGAAAAAUGACAGGCAGUCAACAGAUCUGAACUGGUUUGAAAGCUCAGCUAUUAACUUGGCAACGGUCUAGGCUGUGGGUGAAAUAUUUAACAUGCCUUAACGACAAUGAACAUUAGAAACAGACCCUGUGGCAUGAUGUUAGCCUGACUAAUUCAAUAAGAGCGUGACCGGCUCGGGCAAGGGAAAGCUUUGACAGAAGACAUGAAAAUUAAAACAAAAAUUAAGGGUAUUGGUUUGUUGACAUGUCCUACAAAAGACAUUUCCGCUGCACAGUAAUAAGGAGGUAAAAGAAAGAUAAGACCACCCAUACAAACAAACAACAUUUUUGCCAUAUGGAUAGUGUUAAAUCAAACAGCUUCCUAAGAUACUCUCUUUAUUCAAAGUAACUUGGUGUAUUUCUGCAGAGUGACCUUUUCCUCUGUAUCUGUGCAGACAAGCUGGGCACCAGGAGCUGGCAGAGAGGCUGGUGGAGAUCCAAUACGAACUCACCGACCGACUAACGUUUUACCUCUGUGGGAGGAGACCAGGUAAGCAGUGGGUUCAUCAAGCAUUGCGUUGUCAUGCAUGAUAUUUCAGGGCCUGUGACUUUUUUCCCUUCUUUUAUUAAAACCGUCUUUCAUGUCGUUGUGCUUUUUUAGAUCACAGAAACGGUCAACACUUCAUCAUCCCACAGAUGGCAGACAGGUAGUAGCCACAUUUCAAAUCCUUUUGGAAGAUUAGUCAGAGGUUUUUGCAAUGCUCCCAAACAAUACCAGUUGGUUAUAAGAUACAUUUAUUACUGUUUUUUCUGUGGUAUUUUCCCCAUGCUGCAUUCUUUUGUUGGAUUAGAAAUAAGUAAGUAUAUUAAUUUUGUGCUGUUGUGUGUCUCCUGGGUUGUGUGGUAUUUUGUUUGAAGACAAUUUACAAAUUUUACUUUUUUUUUUUUGUCCAAAGCAGCCUGGAUUUAUCGGAGUUUGCAAAAGCCGCAAAGAAGAAGCUCCAAUCAGUGAGACAUUUGUCAACAUGAUUUGUGCUUCAAAAUAAGUCCUCUUUUUUUAUGCCUCUGAGUUGUUUUAGAAGAUAACUGGAAACUCUGUUUUUUUCAGCUAAGUAACCACCAGUUUGAAGAACUCGCCAUGGAUGUUUAUGAUGAAGUUGACAGAAGAGAAACAGAUGCAGGUGAUAUUUCAAGAAGUGUAAAGAGAAACAAAAUGUGACUUUAUUUUUAAGAUCUAACUCCUGUUUUACAUGUACCUGUUAUUGUGAUUUUUUUACAGUGUGGUUGGCCACUCAGAAUCACAGCACGCUUGUCACAGACACCACAGUUGUGCCUUUCCUGCCUGUCAAUCCAGAGUACUCGUCCACUAGGAACCAGGUAAGAGACUGCUUUGGUUUUUUUCGGCUCAAACUUCCAUUUGAUGAGUAAGUACUGGAUCUUGAUGUGCUGCCAUGUUUUUCCUUUUUUCCUUUUUGUCCUCUCAGGGUCGACAGAAAUUGGCCCGGUUUAGUGCUCAUGAAUUUGCCACACUGGUUAUUGAUAUUCUCACUGAUGCUAAACGGCGGCAGUGGGGUAAUUCCUGUGAAAGUCCAAAAGGUACAAAAUGUGUUUUAGUUUUUCUAUCAAAACUUCUUGAAUAUCUCUGUUAAUAACCCUUUAUUUAGGGGUUAAUUUAGGUUUAUAUCUCAGUAAAUAAAUUCUUUAGUUUAUACACUAUAGACAGAGAGUAAACAGUUAAGUCUGCUGAGAUUUUUACAUGAAUAUUUUCCAUAUGGAUGCAGUUAUGUAAGCAGAAACAUUGCCAAACACAGACUGUGAUUGACGCUUUAAUCAUAAAAUCCCUUUCUUCUUUAAAUCACAGAAAACUACAGAGAAGUCUGUUUACCCUUUAAAGCAAGCCAAAGAAAGCUUGUUGUCACUAAUGAAGAAGAGCAAGUUCUGACUUUUGGAUUCAGCGCAUGUCCAUCUGUAGUUGUCUGAUUCAUACAGCUGCCUGUAUCCAGCAUGGUUAAUUUGAUCUCUGCAGCUUUGAUCUUGUGGUCUCUCUAUAGAAAAUGUGGAGCUGAUCCUCCAGGGAAUAAACAGCCGCCAUAACAGCGAGAGCCAGGACAAUGAUCAGCCGGAUUACGACAGCGUGGCGUCAGAUGAGGAUCCAGUGCAAGAGGCCACAUGUGGGGACAGCUGCAAUGAUAGAAGGACCAAGGUGGUCCCAUCAAUACUUAUAAACACAUCUGACUUUUACUCUUUAACGUGAUCAAACUAAUCUUAACUUGUAAUAUUUUCUGUCACAGAGCUCAGAGUCAUCUGACCUCUCUGAUGGACCUAUCACAAUGCAGGAAUUUAUGGAAGUAAAGAGCGCACUCACUGCGUCAGAAGCUAAAAUACAACAGCUUCUUAAAGUCAACUGUCAUCUCAGUGAAGAGCUGCGGAUGAUGCAGAGCAAGGUCAGUGAAUUUACGUGGUAUACAAGCUAAGGGAGAUGUAAACUUUACACUGUUUACACCCUCUUUACACGAGGACUCUUGACUCUGAAACAAAGCCAGGUGUUCAAAUUUAAUUGUGUGUCCAAGACUUGGUCAUCCUUAAUGUUACAAGACACAUAAAGUAGUUUGAUUCCACUGCUGCUCCAUUCCAUCAUUCAUGGAUCCCAUCAUUGAUUAACUUAAUCAUUUCCAUUCAUUUCACUCUUAACCAUGGACAGAGUGUGUGCUGUGCUUCCUCACGAGAUAAAGUUCCUGUGGUCAUAAUUAACAAUCAGCAGACUUCUCUGGGUAUGCGAUUCAGGAGAAAACAGAUCCAGUGUUGGCUUUCUGACACAUCAUUUGAAAUGGUCAAAAAAGAGUUUUAGUGUGAAUUUUUUUUACAUUUUUUACCAAAAAAGUGAAAGUUUCAAGUUAACACUAGGCUCUUGUACUCCAAUAAAAGGAUAAGAUCUCAAUAAAGAAAGCCCUGGAAAUAGGUGGGCAGCAGGAACCACUAACUAUUAUCACUGAGGGCACCUCCCUUUACCAGUGUUUGGUUAAAUUAGUCCCAUAACACCCCAGAGAGGCUAAACAGUUAAUGCCAACAUCCAAUAAUGUACCCCCUUUAUGCCAACUCUCACCCUCCACCAUAUCCACUCAAGGACACAGAGAACAAAAGAGAAGUAGAGUGGAGACAGAGCCAGGAUGAGAAGCCCAUGUGAGCCAGAUCUCACCCCCACUCCUAGGAUAAGCUGUAAAUUAGAUCACUAACACCUCCAGCAGAUGUGAAGCCACAUUUCAACAGAAAACAGUUAUGCUAUAUAUGAAUUCUGGGUAAUUCCCAUUACUCGCUUCCUUCUUUCUGAGAAGUGCAGAAAUGGAUUAUCUCACUUAUUGCAGUGAUACUUGCUCAUGCAUUUCUUUUUUUAGUUUUCCUGACUGCGAGAAAAUCAUCCUCCAUAUACGGAAUCUCUUAUCUUCUUCUUCAAUUUUGCCCUUACAAUCAACAACAUCCUGGUUUGAGUUAAUUUGGCUCAAAAUUCACAAACUAUUUAGAGAAAUUCACAAACUAUCAAGAGACGGACCUAUACAGACAGUUCAACAAAUAUGAUUUAGAAUUGAGUCAUUCCCCUGAAUAUUUCUGAAACACAUUUAGACCAAGCUUUAUGAUCAUAUACAGCAACCGUCCUAUCUAACUGUUCUAGCCCCUCAUGGGUAAAAACAAAAAUAACAAUCUCUGUAUGGUCUAUCAUAUUUUAUGUCUGUUUCUAAAACAAAUAUACUGUUAACAAUUAAAAGUAAAAGGCAAAUUCUACUACAGGAGAAACUGUGAUCUAUUCAAUGAAAAAAAACUGUAUCAGUAUUGGCCAAAAUGCAACAGAUAUCAGCAAAAAUACAGUAUUGUGCAUGUCUGUUCUCAAGUAGGUGACCCACUGUCUUCUGGUUUCCUACUAAAUCCACUGUCCUCUACAAAUGAAGGCGUAAAAACCAUAAAAAAUUACCUAAAGAAAGAAAGUACAUUGUAUUGUGUGAACAAGAUGGUUUGUCAGACAUAACAAUUUUAUAGCACUUUGGUAAGACAUCAGCAUUUUGAAGGAUAAAAGCAGUGAGGUUUGUUUUCCCUCAUGCUUCUCUCAGGCUGACUUUCUCUUUCUUUGGCAAAGAGACAGAGUCAACACAAUGUUCUGCUUCCACCUGCUGGUUUAUUUGUUGUCUUUAUGACUGGAGUGACCGUUCCAGUUUAUUGAUUUUCUCACACUGCUGCUGGCCUUAAAAAACGAAAAUACUUUCAAACAUAUCUCCUAACAUUUCAGUGAAUCUGGCUCAAAGGUACUUUCUUGAAUGACUUGAUUUAACUCGACACCAUUUAAAGAAAUUUGAAAUACUUAGUUUUUGUUUUGACUUUGUCGUGCAGGCCUCAGUAUCUUUGCUGUUGUGACUCUUGGGGGUUUUGUAGUUACACAUCGAUAUCAAGAUCAUCUUUUGACUUAAAGAUAUAGAUGGUGACUUUAUCUGGUUUUUAGAAAAAAUGACAGGAAAAGAAUCCCUGUGUUUUAUGUUUUUUUCAGUUUCCCUCUGUUAUUCAUGUAAAUAUGGGCGACCACUUCGGCAGCAGUUUCUCAAGGGGUCAUUCCCAGGCGUUACUGUCAACACUCGGAGUCAGCGUUUCAUUUUCAAAGAGACAAACCUUUUUGUUUUGAGACAAACUUUGAGGAUAAACUGAAACUCAAGAGAGGAAAACUUAGAGGUUUAGCUUUUCUCCUGCAGGCUGAGCGUAUUCCACUCUAUUAUUGAUGUCUGGCACAGUCUUUGUAAGAAGAUCAUUUCCUGGCUUCAAGUUGAACUGAAAGAUGUUUUUGUCCUCUCCAGCUGAGCUCCCUGCAGACUGAAAACACAACACUGCGAUGGCAGACCCCCAGCAGCCAGCAACAACCCCAGGGGCCCCAUGGGCGACACCCACCCCGCGGAGGUCGUGCCAUGUCUAUGUAUGAGACUGGCUCUACCCCGAGGCAGUACCCCCUUCGAAUGGAAACGGCCAGGCCUGAGGAUGGAGUCAUUUUACAACCUUUCCCCACUAAUGUAAGCACAGAAGCACCAAUGUUCCUGCUGGUUUGUCGUCAAAAGACAAAAAAAACGAUGCCUGGCUUGGGGCUGGUGUUGGUUUCUCAUUCAUUCAUUCAUUCAUUCAUUCAUUCAUUCAAUCGUCAUUCAUUGCAUCUCAGUAGAGUAUGCUCAACUUGGUUUGACCCUUUCUAGAUUGGGAGGGGUCCUUUGGGGACGGCUGCUUCCUCCCUCCCUACCUUCCCCUCUUCCCUGUCCUGGUCGUGGGAUGAGAGAUCUCGAAGGGUUAAGUACUGGUGUACUGAAGACGGUGAAAAACCGUCCUGCUGCUUGACCCCACAGUCUUCUCUAUCCUGACCUGUGUCUUUUUAAACCGCUUUUCAUCAGUUAUCGCCUGCCUGCCUGCAUGCACCACAGUGCCUCUGCUUCAAUUUAGUCAUCCGAACAAUUGCAGCUUUUUAUCCACAGAGAAACUCAGCCCAGAGCUUCACAUGCUCAGGUCAGCAUCAGGGCGUGAGGAAGACAUGUAGUGCCACGGAAAGCUGAUUGAAUGGUUGGACAGCAAGGCUCAAAAUGGCUGAUAACGACAUGUUGUUGAGAGUCACAGUCGUUGAUCCAGUCUCUUUCAGGAUUUCUCUGCAUUUACUAAUCGCAUCCACUGCAGUGCACUGUGUUAAACCACAACGACACAGUUGUAUACUUUCCUGUCUUUUUCUCCGUAUCUGCUUCAAAAAUGUCUGAUACUGUGAUCUCAGUUUUUAAUUCAGAAACGCAUGAUUCUGAUGUAUCCGUGCCAACUGUUGCUCCAAUCACUCGUCAUUCAACUUGUAUGUUCUGUUGCUGAUUGAUGGUAAUUGACUGAUGUCUCUAUAGGGCUGUAGUCUGGAGGGGCAGAAUAUCAUGCUGGAGAACGAUUAUGACACCACACCGAACCACUCUGAACUAGAGGAAGCUGGGUAAGAAUAUUUCUGUAAACUUUGUGCAAAAAAAUAGGAUUGAAAAUAAAGAAUGACACCAGUGCAAUAUUAGAUUGGAUUAGUUUUGAUUCAAAAACUUUGGACAGCCUUGCUCGACAUAACUGGACAGAAGUUUACAUAUAAAGACAUGCACUGAACAACGUCUACCAGUUACAGAAAAACUAACUAAAUGAACAAGAGCCAGCCUGACAUGUCAUCUAGCCCCAGAUUUGUUUUCUGUUCAUGUAAAUAUGGUGCCAAUAAUCGAAGCAGCUGUUGGCUGUUUGGUAAAAAGCUAGAAAUGAAUGGAUACACCAGUAGAUCCAUUUAGUGGAACUUUUUUUAAUUAAAUGGAGAUUGGUUUAGACGGAAGCUACCAGGCGCUGGAUCUUGAUGCCCAGCGUUAAACUCUGCAGCAUGGCUGUUAUUUGACAUGAGAUAAGAUGUACUCUUUGGACUCUGUCCUGCUGGUACACAGACAUCAUAGAAGCUUCAUUUGGAAGGUGUUGUUUAAUGGCCAGGCUUCAUUUUCUUUGCUUAGCUCAGUGAGUUUUCUCGAAACUAAAAAAAAAAAUGUAUUUGAAAUGACAAAUGACAGCACUCACUGAUGAUUAACACCCUAAUUAAAAGUUAAUGUAGAGUAAAUUGAUCUUUUACUUUAUAAAUUUGCUUAUAGUGCCAUACAACGGUAAGAAUAUGUUUUUUUUUUAUCUGUAUCUAGUAGUCCUCUGCCAGCGUCUGACACAGGGGAGCAGGUGGAGGAGUGUGAGGAAGACGCCACCCUGCCAUGCACAGAGGAUGUCAUCUGUAAAACAGAGCAGAUCACCAAGAACAUCCAAGAGCUUUUGAGAGCUGCUCAGGAGACCAAACAUGAAAGGUAGUCAAUGUUUGACAUGAAUAAAAUAAAAAUGAUAUAGUUCCUAUAAGAAAAUCUGUACUUUGCUUUCAAGAGUUUUUCUUUGUCCCAAAAAAUGAAGCUGGAAACUGUGGUUUCAAUUGUGCAUAUAAACCGAUGACUGUAUUUCUGACAACCUGCCUGUCUUUUUAAAUGGAGUAGAUACUGUUUCAUCCUUAGUUACAGCUGGUUCUAGAGCUAUGAUUUUCAGUAGCUGUCCUCAGGGACCAGGAUCCUGCUGGAUUUCAUUUCUCCUAGGCAGCUAACAACGACUGGUUAACACUGGAGUUUCAGUGGUAUAGAAAAUGCACCCUGCCCCAAAGACUGGUAUUGAAAAGGGUUGACUUGAGCCUUAAAGAGUGGCCUCUGUCCAUGUGUCUUAGACACUGUUUGUCUGCUGGGGGGAGGCCUCGUCUUUAAGUGCAGCUGACAGGAAACAAACACCACAUGACCACAUAUUCCCCUGUGACCUUUAAAUCCACUGAGUUUAGUCAGUGAGGUUCAAUGCACUGCUUUCCUGUUUUUAUUUUUUCCACAUGCACUUAAUUUGCUUGUAUGCAUUACAUCAACCCUGAAUAAUCCUGUUUACACAUUUGGAAGAACACUUUUUUUGGUGACUAAUCCAAACUGACUGGUGCACAAAUAGUGUAGCACUGAUAUUAAACAAAACACUUAUUCUGCACUUUCAUAUCCAUAAUAGUGGUUAAUGUGAGGAUAUUGCUUAUUAUAGCCAACUAAAUGAUUUCCAGUAGAAAUGAAAGUGAAAUGACGUUGAAGUUUGGUGUCACUGGAAUUAAAACUGUUUUUUAGCCUUACGAAAUACAUCCAUUAACUAGGUCUUGUUUGUGUUCUUUUACUUUGAAGACACAUGCUUUUCAUGAAAUCUCCAUGAGUGCCAUUCUGUUGUGAGACAAAUAUUCAGGAACACAAAUCAUGCAUCUAAAAUUUCAGCAUCGAACUUAGCAUUUAGCAUUUCCUAUUUGAAUGGCAUGUCCUGCAAUUACAUAUGGUAUUAAAUAGAUACUAUAGCAGUGGUUUUUUUUAGGCUUCACGAUUCGGUGUGUUGGUGGAAGCAGCUUUGUAUCGGUGCCUGUAUUUGUGACCCAGGAGUGGUUGACCACUUAUUGUCUGCUUGCCUUCCUCUCCUGCAGCUUCCUGCCUUGUUCAGAAAAGAUCUGUGUGGCUGUGACUGAGAUGGCCGCCCUGUUUCCCAAGGUAAGAUGACUCCAGCCAACAUCCUGACCUCCCUCCCCUGAGCAAUUAUGGGAUUUGUUGUUUGUUUGAAAACAGCCAAAGGGAAUCUAACCAGACCUGUUUGGGUUGGAGAGGCGCUGUCCAUUGCUUUGCUUUGCUUCAUCUUCACUAUAUUGGAUUACUCUGUUUUAUGUUGACUCAAACACACACAAAGAGCCUUCUACCCACAGUGAGGGUUUAUUUAUGGAGGUUGUCAGUUCAGCUCCUUAUCAAGUCUCUGUCAUCCCUCUUGUCUCUCACAGAGGCCGUCCUCAGAGACAGUGCGAGGGUCCCUGUGUCUGCUCACGUCGAGCGCCAGCCGGCUCCACGGAGAGUGCCAGAAGGCCGCGGAUCACAGCCCCUGCCCGGCAGACAUUCAGCUGGUCACUCAGCAGGUCAUCCAGUGCGCCUAUGACAUUGCCAAAGCUGCCAAGCAACUUGUCACUGUGACAACCAAAGAAAACAACAACUAA